UUGACAUUGCAAACAUCCAAGACGCCAGUCACGUUGGCGCCGCAGAAGAUGGCUCUUGUCGUAAUCGACAUGCAGAACGUAUUCCUUUCCUCAGCACUGGGCCGCAAAAAGGGCCCAGGCCACGCGGUAGAACAAGCACUCUUAUCGAAGUGCAUACCUGCGGCCCGCAAAGCCGGCAUCCGCAUCCUCUGGCUUUCGUGGGGCAUCUCAGACGAGGGUUUGCAAACGCUGCCUCCCAUGUUUUACCGCAACUUUGGCUUCACAUUCAACCCUACAGAAGAUGGUCCUGAGUUUACCGCCGGCGGCUCGAAGCAACAAUGGCGACAUACAGACGAUGGUAUUGGCCUGUCAUUGGGAAACGUGACGCUGGAGGAUGGCAGGUCGGUGGAUGCUGGUAGACUGCUCAUGAAGAAUCAGUGGAACACGGAGCUGCAUGGUGGUCUUGCCGAUGCGUACCGCGAGGGCUCUCGUUGUACGCCUGCGGAUGUCAAAUUCCACAAAGAGAGCCACUCUGGAUUUUGGGGCGGCAAUACCGAGUUUGCCCAGUAUCUCCAAAGCGAAGGCAUCAGGACGCUACUUUUCGCCGGUCUCAAUACGGACCAGUGUGUGCUAGCAACACUGCAAGACGCCGCACCGCAAGGGUAUGACACAAUCAUGCCCAAAGACGCCUGCGGCACUACAAGUCCAGAGUUCGCUCAGCAAAUGGUCGAAUUCAAUGCUGAAAAGGCGUUUGGAUUUCAGGCAGCUUGUGACGAUCUGGUGCACGCAGCUGAGCACGUGGAGCAUUCAUAUCCAGAGGGCCUUUAG